AUGGGAAGCAGCAGUAAAAAAGAAAGCAAGAAAGACGUCAAGACCAAACUGACAGAAGAGACCACCACGUCUCCAGAUGAUAACUACGAAAAAAGAAUGCUGGCCAUCUUACCAUUUGCUCAACCUCUUGCGUCCAAGAAACUUAACAAGAAAAUCUUGAAAACAAUAAAGAAGGCAUCUAAAGCCAAGCAUGUGAAGAGAGGUGUUAAAGAAGUUGUUAAAGCUUUGAGGAAGGGAGAGAAGGGUCUCGUUAUAAUUGCUGGAGAUAUUAGUCCCGCCGAUGUCAUCUCACACAUUCCAGUUCUCUGUGAAGAUAACUCAGUUUCAUAUAUUUUCAUUCCAUCAAAAGAGGAUUUGGGUGGUGCAGGUGCCACAAAGAGGCCAACAUCGUGUGUGAUGAUUGUGCCUGGCGGAGGAAAAACUAAGAAGAACGCUGAUAAGGUGGACGAGUACAGAGAAAGUUACGACGAAAUUGUAAAGGAAAUUAGUGCUUCGGCCUAG